UGACUACAAAUCUACAAUAAGCCCCUUGCUCGGCUUUAUGCCGUGGGAUCAUAUGUUGUCAUGGUUAUGGCCUUAUGGGCUUUUAAUUGUUUGACUUGUCUUUAAUCAUGCCUUUGGGGUGGGCUAGACAAUACUUUUAGGAUGGGCUGGAAUGGGGUUAUUUCAGAUCCGAAACAGAUCCUUGUGAAGACUAGAAUGUAUGUUGAUGGCUGGGGACUUGCACAACAACCAGUAGGUCGUGAAAGCAUUAUUAGAAGGCCUACAAUUUCAGCUUGGAAGAAACCUUCUCCGGAAAGAUACAAGUUGAAUGUGGAUGCAGCUGUGAGAGAAAAGAUGUGUGGUCUGAGAUGGGUAUUACGUAAUGAAGCAGGGGAUUUUAUUGCAGGUGUGGCGAAGGUUGGGCACGGAGUUUUGUCCUCAUUGGAAGAUGAGCUUAUUGGAAUUAGAGAGGCUUUGAGCUGGAUGAAAGAAAGAGGUUGGGAUAGUGUUGAGGUGGAGUCAGACUCGUCGGGGGCUGUGGCUGAGAUUCUUCAGGAGUCGAGUGUUUCUUUAGUCGGGAUUAUUGGUGGUGAUAUUCAAGAAAUUGCUUUGGGCUUUACCGACAUAUCUUUUUUUUCACAUUAGACGGUCAGCGAACAAGGCGGCUCACAAGAUAUCUAAAGUCGCUUGUUCUGUGUCUGACUGUGUUUAUUGGGAUGAUUUAUCUCCUUCUUUCAUUACUCAUGUACUAAACUCGGAUUCUUUGAAUGAUAGUUAAUUGUUUCAUCUUAAAA